AUGUUCAGAACACAACCUAUAGCAAAGGGGGAUGUUAGAACCAAUCAAAAUCCGCAACUUACUGUCACCACCAUUGUCUGGAUGCGGGAACACAACAGAAUAGCUAACGAACUUUUAAAACUUAAUCCUACUUGGGAUGAUGAAAGAAUUUUUCAGACAGCUCGGGCCAUCAAUAUAGCACAAUGGCAGCACAUAACCUAUUAUGAGUUAUUACCAUUGUACGCUGGAUACGAAGCUCUGGUAGAGAAUGGAGUUAUAUAUAAAGCAUAUUAUAACGCAUAUAUAGACGACUACGAUGAAAAUGUGAAACCAAGUAUUUAUAACGAAGCAGCUCAUGGAGCUCUUAGACAAUUUCAUUCACUUAUUGCUGGUAAAAUGGGUUUAUUUAAUGAAAAUGGCUGCAGAUAUGAUGAUCUUGUAUUAAGGGAUCACUUACAUAGACCUGUUGCAUUGGAAAAAUCUAACGUUUUUGACGGAUUAGUUAGGGGGCUGUUCUUACAACCCAGCAUGCCUUCAGAUAUUUACUAUGACUCUGAUUUUACGAGGCACAUGUUCAUGCGUUACCUAAUAUUUGGACAAGAUACAAAAAGUAUAGAUAUUCAAAGAUCCAGGGACCAUGGAUUGCCUACGUAUAAUGAUAUGAGAGUGUUAUGUGGUUUAAAAAGGGCUACAACAUUUGAAGAUUUUCUUGAUGUCAUGACAAAAGAGAGACUUCAAGAACUACAACUGUUUUAUAAAAAUGUUGAUGACGUUGAAUACAUCGUAGGCCUGGCAGCUGAAACUAACGUGAAGGGAACACUAGCGGGACCAACUGCUCUUUGUGUAAUAUAUAGACAGUUCAAAGCUAUCAGACAAGCGGACCGUUUCUGGUAUGAAAACAAGUCUGCUGGAUUUACUCCAGCACAACUACGGCAAAUAAGGAAAGCCAAUGUGGCAAGAAUUUUAUGUGACAACACGAAAGAUAUUUUACGAAUACAGCCAAAGGCAUUUGUAGAGCCUUCAAUUGGGAGCAUUGACGGUGUCUGUAAUAAUUUAGAUCAUCCUAAUUGGGGAACACAGUAUUCUGUAUACGACAGACUAAUCCCAGCUAGAUAUGGCAAUAAUAACAGUAUUGCCCACUGUGGUAAUGGUGACCCUCUACCAAAUGCUAGAUGCGUAUCUACAGUUAUAUUUUCAGACGAAACUUAUCCAGAUCCAGAACUAACUGCAUAUGCAGCACAAUAUGGACAAAUAAUCGCUCACGAUAUGGGUCAAAAUUUUUUAACUGGUGAUCCCCUGUCAUGUUGCAAUACGUGGCUUGGACAUUGGGACGAACCUCCGGAUGAUUGUAUUAGUAUAACAGUACCUGAUGACGAUUAUCAUUACACAGACCUUAACGCUUCCUGUAUGUCGGUUCUUCGAACUGUGACAAACAGGCAACUUGAAUGUUCCCUGUAUUUACCCGAUACGGCACAGUUAUCAGCAGUUACUGCUUAUUUAGACCUAUCCCUUAUUUAUGGAAAUACCGAGGAUAUUUGUAUGAAACUAAGGACACUCGAAGGAGGCCUACUUAAACUAGAAACACGAAAUCAGCGUGAAUGGUUUCCAGAGUCCACAGAACGGGAUAUGUUUUGUCCUUUGCUCAAUGAAAAUGAAUUAUGUUAUCAUACAGGUAGGCUAAUUCAAAAUUACAAAGAAAUAAGUGAUCCAAGAGUGGACCAAAACCCGCCUCUAUGCAUAACGCAUCUUUUAUGGGCUCGAGAACAUAAUCGUGUAGCAAGACGUUUAGGUCACCUAAAUCCCCAUUGGUCCGACGAAGAAAUAUUUAAAAUUGCGCGAACGAUAGUUAUAGCGGAGUAUCAACACAUUGCCUAUUACGAACUUCUUCCAUAUUAUAUGGGAGAAUACAAUCUUCUGGAAAGUCGUAUUUUAUAUUACACCGAUGAUUUUAUUAACGAUUAUAAUGCAAGUAUGAGACCGCAUGUAUUUAAUGAGCAUUCUCAAGCGGCGUUUCGACACUUUCAUUCUUUGGUACCGGGAUUGCUGUCAUUAGUCGAUGCUUCUGGCUGUCCUUAUAGAUCAAUUGUGAUGAGGGAUUACAUAAAUCGUCCUGGUGUGUUGGAAAAAGGCGAUUACUUGGACUCCAUUAUCCGCGGCAUGGUCACGCAACCGGCGCUUACACCUGACGCUUAUUGCGAUCCGGAGGAUGUAGAAAAGCUCAUCUCUCUAUACGACCACCCAGACGAUAUAGAUCUGAUUGUGGGGGUUCUUUGGAGCGAAGGGUUCAUGGAACUUUGGCAGGUCCCACAUAUUUAUGCAUCAUGUUUGAACAAUUUUACAGAACUAGGGUAG